CACACAGAGAGAGAGAGAGAGAGAGAGAGAGAGAGAGAGAGAGAGAGAGAGAGAGAGAGAGAGAGAGAGAACGCUAAAUAAUGCCUAGUGUUUUAACUGCUGUAUAAAAUCACUGUCAAGAGUUUUCCCUUUGUCAUAAUCAGUUAAAAUAUUUAGAUAUUUUUUUCAAAAUAUUACAUUUAUUUAUUUAUUUGAGCAAAGAAAAUGUACUUUACAGUUGUUAGUGCAUUUUACCUCAGCAAACAGGGCCAAAAGAUGGCUUGAAACGGUUUAAUUAUAAGUUUUAUUUUGCAUACUUUUAUGCUUAGGCAAUUUAUACUAGAUAGAGAGCUAGAUGACGAGACUGCAGUCGAGAUGGAGGGAAGUUUUCAACAGGAGGAUUUCCGACGCCAUUGUGACGUCAGCAGCGCCUCUUUAUUCACCGCCGACCGCAGCAGCCGCAACAAAUGAACAUCCCUGGAUCAUUUAAUACUUUUGUAACUGCGUUGAAACUUCGAGCAUGCGUUUCCGGAAAGCGUUUUUGUUGCGCGAAAGCGUGAGAAAACAAACUCGGCAUCUUGCAGGAUGUGAGAAAGUUUUGGGAUUAAAGUUAGUCGUCGCAGACUAACAAAGCCAGUCGGAGAAAGUUACCAGUGCUGGACUACAGCAGGAUAUCGCCUGGCCUGGAAAACUGAUUGUCAACAUGUCUAUCCAGUCCUGGGUAACCAGCAGCCUCCCAUAAUGAACAACUCUAAGAAUGGGACAGCGGUGGCCAACUCCACUAACAGCCUGUAUGAUGACGGGCUUGUGGUCCUGGAGUCCGUCUCUAUCAUCAUCAUAGCCAUACUGGCAUGUCUGGGGAAUCUGGUCAUUGUGGUGACCCUAUAUAAGAAGCCCUAUUUACUCACACCCAGUAACAAGUUUGUCUUCAGCCUGACUUUGUCCAAUUUGCUGCUCUCGGUCCUAACGCUUCCCUUCGUUACGGCCAGCUCGGUGCGUCGAGAUUGGAUGUUUGGAGUGGUGUGGUGUAACUUCACAGCACUUCUCCAUCUACUCGUAAGCUCAUCCAGCAUGCUUACACUGGGAGCCAUUGCCAUUGACAGGUACUACGCUGUUUUAUAUCCCAUGAUCUACCCCAUGAAAAUCACAGGAAAUCGAGCUGUGGUCGCCAUCGUUUAUGUGUGGCUUCACUCCCUGGUUGGAUGCCUGCCCCCACUUUUCGGUUGGUCCGCUUUUGAGUUUGACCGCUUCAAGUGGACCUGUACAGUGGCUUGGCACAAAGAGAUCAGCUAUACUGCCUUCUGGGUUACGUGGUGCUGCCUUCUGCCACUGGCGGCCAUGCUGAUCUGCUAUGGCGUCAUCUUCCGCGUGGCCCGCAUCAAAGCUCGCAAGGUUUACUGCGGAAGUGUGGUGGUGCCUCAAGAGGAGUCCAGUUCUCAGAAAAAUGGUCGCAAGAACUCCAAUACUUCCACAUCUUCUAGUGGAAGCCGCAGGAGCCUGGUCUACUCUGGGAGCCAAUGCAAGGCUUUCGUCACCAUUCUGGUGGUUCUGGGGACGUUUCUGACCACUUGGGGUCCAUAUGUAGUAGUUAUCAGCACUGAAGCACUGUGGGGUAAAGAAAGUGUUUCUUCACAAAUGGAGACGCUGGUCUCCUGGCUGUCCUUCACAAGUGCUGUGUGUCAUCCUCUUAUUUAUGGGCUGUGGAAUAAGACAGUACGCAAGGAGCUGUUGGGUAUGUGUUUUGGCGACCGCUACUACAGAGAGUCUUUUGUUAUACGGCACCGUACAUCUCGUCUCUUUAGCAUCUCCAACCGGAUAACUGAUUUGGGAAUGUCUCCUCAUCUGACGGCCAUGCUAGUGGGUGGUGGGCAGCUCCUGGGCCGUGGAAGUAGCACGGGAGAUACUGGCUUCAGCUACACCCAGGACUCAGCUACAGACGUCAUGCUGUUGGACAACUACACCUCGGAGCCCUCCCACUCAGCCCACUGUGCUGCCAAUAAGAGGAGAAGUUCUGUCACAUUCGAGGACCAAGUGGAUCAGAUUCCUAAAGGUGACCCCUCGAUAGUCCAAGUGACGGCAGACAUCCAUAAGUCUUUGGACAGCUUUGCGUCGUCUCUGGCUAAGGCUAUAGAGAACGAUGCCAAGCUUCAACUCUUUGGCGAAUGGACUCAAAUUCCAACAAGUCUGUUCACAGUGCGAAACACACAGAGAGCUCCCCGUUACCUGGAUGGACAGAGACUCAGGAUGGAAAGCAUAGAUGAAGGAAUAGUUAAAGAUGAUGACGAGGACGACAAUGAAGAGGAUGAAGAAAAAAUAGGUGACACUUCCAUGUAGUUCUUUGUCUCGGUAGAUGGACCAGAUCGUGUAAUCUGCAGCUUUUGAGCUUAUUUAGGUACAAGGAACACACAAGAUAAAUGUUUACAGAUUUACGGUGAUUUAUGUGUCAUUUACAUACAAGGUAAAGAACGUAUACUUGAUGAUAUUAGAUAGCAACUGCUGCUACUUGCCUCGGUGAGGCCAAAGACCUAUAAUGAUGGCUGUACCUGCAAGUCAUCAGGUAUUAGAUCUGUUACUCACCAGAAUAAGUUAUGUUUUUGUAACAUAAAAGGUAUUGUAAGAUGAUGUUCAGCGCUCAUAUUUUGUCAGGUAUUUUGCCUGUGUUGGGUAUUUGUGUGUAUUAUGUUUACUCCUUUCUUAUAAAGAAACUGUAACCACUCUGUUUUAUACGUCCUAAGUUUUUGUAAGAAUGAUUAUCCUACAGCUCCUCUCCACUGCUUUAAGUUCAGGUUCCAUUAAUAUAUUCUAUUAUUAUUAGUGCCACCAGGUUUAUAGAACAUAUACCAAAUUUUUUGUGGGUUUAUAGUGAUUGUGGCCAAAAAAAACAAACAAACCUUAUGCCAUUUAAUUAACGUCGGGUUAAUAAGUACGAGAGAUGCCGGACAUGCUGUUUUAUCUAUAAUUUUGUGUGGAAAUUCUGAAACGUUUUGACUGAAUGUAAUGGUGCAGGAAAACAAAUGCAUUGUCAUUACUAAAGUCACUGGUACAAUUGCACUUGAAGAUUUUACGUUUGAUCAGUGAGUUCUCGCAUCUGUUUUUGUUCCAACUAUGAAAAUUUGCUCAGUAAUCAU